AUGGCAUCAGCAUCGCUUAAUGGACCGGCUCAGUAUCCAGAGCAUGAUCUGUCCGAGUUCCCAGCCUCACUCAAAGGGAAGCGCAUUCUGCUAUGCACCGAAUCUUUUGGCCCUGUUAAUGGAGUGAGUCGGACAACUCUGAUGCUGGUGAACCACUUGCGCGAUCAUGGUGCCCAAGUUGCGGUUGUCGCUCCUCAUAAUCACACCAACCACAACACCUUUUCACCACCUCCCUCUCCCACGCUCUCUCCUGCAGACAAACAGCCAGAAGUAAGGGUAACCGGAUAUCCCUUGCCUUUCAACCCGGAACUGUCCAUCGUAUAUCCCGUCCGCAACUCAACCCUCUAUUCUCGUACCUUUGGCGAUGAUGCGCCUCCUGAUCUCAUCUAUCUUGCAUCUCCCGCAAGUCUGGGCUUCCAAGUCAUGCUACAACUGAGGCAGCAGCCAAAAGAGAAGCAAAUUCCCAUCAUUUGCAAUUUCCAAACAGACUUGGCCGGUUACUGUUCUAUUCUUUUCCCAGCGCCACUCAGCCACGCGGCCGUCUUUGCGUUUGACGCCGUACAGAGCUAUCUCUUCAGGCAUUCAUCUAUUAAGACCAUCUUCUACCCUUCUAGAUUCGUCAGGCGGUAUUUGGAGAGCCAAAAAAUACAAAGCGACAAACUGGAGGUGUUGACAAGAGGGGUCAAUACGACAAUGUUCAAUCCAAGCCGUAGGAGUGAAGCUCUUCGCAAAGAGAUUGCACCAAAUGGAGAGAUAAUUUUUGUUACUGUUUCCAGAAUUGCUGGGGAAAAGGGCUUCGAUUUCCUUGCUAAAGUGGCCAAGGAAUUAGACGCCAGAGGACUUCCGUUCAAAAUGCUCAUUGUGGGAGGAAAUCGAAAUCCUGAUGUUGAGAAGGAAGUUCAAGAGCUGUUCGACCCUCUGAGAACCAAGGGGAGCGUCGUCUUUGCUGGCUUCAAGGUUGGAGAAGAUCUCGCUACUGCCUAUGCCAGUGGAGAUGUUUUUCUGCACUGCUCUGUCACAGAAACUUUCGGCCUUGUCGUCUUAGAGUCUAUGGCUAGCGGUGUUCCUGUGGUGGCUCGUGAUGAGGGUGGCCCUUCAGAUAUUGUGUCCCAUGGGAAUACGGGCUAUUUGGUGUCGCCCGAUGAUCUUGAUGGAUUUGUUGCCAAGGCUAUCAAGCUUGCUGAAGAUCAUCAACUGCGGUAUACUAUGGCCAAGCAAGCUCGCGCUGCUGCCUGUGAAGCUACCUGGGAAAAGAUCAACAACAAGGUUGCAUGGCGCAUGGCUGAUACCAUUGCUCAGCGCGAGCAAGAGCAAGGAAAAAUUCCCCAGCAGUCUGAAAAUGCAGCGGUGUCGACAACAGCAACAGCAGCCCAGCAGCUGGUCCCAGUUUACGGUUGGCUUAUGAUGAAUAACGCUAUUCGGGAAACUGUCACGCGCAGUGUCGUCGACGCUCGACUUAUGGGCGGCCUGGGUGUUAUUCUUAGCUUCUGGGUCGUUACGGGCGCGUACGUGGCAUUCACGGAAGGCCUGUUAUGGGCCAAGGGCAGGAUGAGAGCUGGAGACCGCAGUGAGACACUUUCUAAGUGA